AUGGUGUUGGCCAAGAUCCUGUCCUUCGACCCGGCAGCGGGCUGGAAGAAGACUGGCAGUGGUGUAAAAUUCGACAAGUCCCUCACGUCUCAGGACCAGGCAACUGCUAGGUCAGAAUCCCCUUCUACCGCCGAAACCUCCCACGCCACUACAUUGUCAUCAGUCGUGCCGGACGCCGAUCUCUGGCUCAACGUCGGCAUCAUAUACCGCGCCGGCAUCCUGCUGUACAUGCUCCGAACACUAGUCCUCGACAUAUCAGAGGACAAGAGCUACCUACACGAGGCCAACCCAUCCCUAGAAAUCGCAACCCUCCGACUCGAGACGCGACGAGUCCUCGCCAGCGCCCUCGCCCCGAUCUUCUCCGAUUCCGCCAGCACGAAGCACCUGGGCAAGCUGGUGUUCUUCCCCGUCUUCGUCUGCGGCAUGGAGGCGGGCCAGGGCGAGAAGGCGCUGCAGGAGUUCAUCGUCCACGGCCUGGAGAUGCUGGGCCGGAUGCUGGGCACGUUUGGCCCGGUCAGCGCCGUCGAUGAGCUCAGGGGCAAGUGGGCGGCUGAUGCGGCCGCGGGCGCUGGAGGGGACGGGUGUUACUUGGGAUGA